AUGCCUGGGGUUCCUUCCAAUAAGGCGUGCGAGAGGUGUAAGAAGAGGCAUAUGAAGGAUCAGUGUGAUGAAACUCGCCCGCACUGCCAACGAUGCACGGGGGCGGGGGUAGAAUGUCCGGGAUAUGUUCAAACCCGCAAAUUCAUCGACCAGGGAGCUUCCGUGAGACGUCGAUAUGCUCCGUAUCAAGAGGUGCAUUCCAGAGCUGGAACACCGGUAAACGAUGCUCAUAUGGGCGAGGAACAUGAGCCUGACUCGACACAAAACGAGAUGCAAGCCGAACCACCGCAUGAGGCAACGCUGACAUCAACGGAUGACCUCGAAAUGGCAGAAGAAGCAAGCGGGAUGGGCCUCAUGCAGAACCAAUUCUUCAUUACUAAACCGCCAGAGCCUCCUCAUGCCCCGGAGAUACACAGAGUCCCAGGCCACGGCAGCCAUGAAUCAUCCAGAGCCACCUUGCAGAAUUCAGUGUCACCAAAUGUUACAACUGGAUUUUCUCCUAAUUUCGAACACUCAUACUCACACUCAAAAAGGCCAGUUCCACGUGAUCGACCUGAUUAUGAAAGGCUGAUCUCUUCGGAGAGUGUAUCGCACCGGAGCGAAAAGGAAGAAUUCCAAGAUAUCUUCUCAGAACUCAUGACGGGGACCGAGCAUGAAGUUGCUUUUCUUGUUCGCAAUUUCGCCCAAGUUAUCGCGCCCUGGUUGGAUGUCUCUGACAUGGGCAAAUUCUUCUCGGUCCUGGUCCCAAUCCGGGCCAUCAACUGUAAUGCACUCAAAUACUCUAUUGCAGCUUUAUCGGCAAAACAACUUGGUCGAGUGAAAGGUGCCAAGUCAUCCGCCGGAGGUGGCAUGUUCACCAGCCCUGCAACGACAGAGGUGUAUCCAAAUUCGGCCCAGGUCGACUGGUACCUCAAGGCAGCCAAUUACUACUACUUGGCUGCUUCGGAUCUGAACAACUCGACCUCUGAUGGAUAUACGCUUGUGUCCAGCUCGGCUGUCUUGGAUUCGCCGAUUGACUUGGUCGGACGAUGGCUGAAAAAGCAAUCCCCUCAAAGCAUAGGCCAAAGCUCAAUUGAUGGCGCUCUUCUAAAAAAGGCUGAAGAUAUGCUGGCUAACAUUACGCUAUUGACAUUAUACAAACUUCUAGAUGCGAAAGGAGAGGAGUGGCAUAUGCAUCUUUCUGGUAUCCAUUCUUUGUUUGAUUCUCUUCUGAGAAUACAUCACAAGGGGUCGACUCCGUUUUCCCAUGGCAUCCGAGCCUCAUUCUGGAAUUUUGUUAGACAGGACUACCUCGGAAGCUAUUUCACUCGCUCAGAGACACACUUUGACCCUCAAAAUCUUCCUCUGUGGCGUGCAGCCGGCAUCAAAAUUGAUGAACAAGAUAAAUUGCGAGCAUUGGACAGCGGGUCAAGCAGUCUACCACUAGAAGACCAAGCUGCGAACGGUCUGUCCUGGCUCGUUUCAAAAGUGAUCAAUUUCCUCGCCAAGUCGAAGCAAUCUCAAAUUGCUCAGUGGACUGGAUCUCCACCGAGUAACUUAUCAGGAUCUCCAGGCUCGCCUUCGGGCACUAGUGAGCGGUCCUAUCCGAACACGAAUACCUGGCUUGACCUUUGCUUCGAGUUCCAAAAUUGGUUUGAAGGCGUCCCGGAGACUUUCCGCCCAUGCGUACGCAUCGAUCACCCUAGAGACCUUUCCAAGCCGGAUGGUGGCCAAUUACCAUUCCCUGAGAUCUUCUUCAGCCUAGCGACCUGUGCUGCUACCAUGCAGCAUUAUCAUUUUGGGAGGGUUGCGCUCCUGCUUAAUCGCCCACAAGACACUGUCAGCGCUCCAAGCACCGCCUUUGACCGUCUACAAGGGUAUCGUGAAGUUACGAAGGAAGUGGAGUAUCGCAGUCGUGAAGUAUGUGGCAUCGCUCUGGGACGUCCUCAGGGAGAGGUGCGUGUGUACAUGGUCCCGCUAUUGUUUGCCGUCGGGCAGUGCUUGGAGAGUGCCGAUGAGCGCAAGAUCAUUGUGGACUUGUUGCGGGGCGUGGAGGCGGAUCUGGGCUGGGCCACUGACUUCGCAGUCCAGAGUCUCCAGUCUUCCUGGAGUCGAUGA